AUGCUCUCCAAGCUCAAGAGAACGUGCAGGCAUAUUAUUGGGUCCUCGGACGAGGAUAUCCCUGUCAUUUCGUCGCGGGACUGGGCCGAGAACCUUGCGCAAAAUCCUACUCGUCGAGUGGUCGACUAUGUGACGAGUCUCUUCCCGAUCUUCAGCUGGAUCACCCGCUACAGUACGCAUUACGUUCGUUCUCCCCCCUUCUACUGUGGCGCUGAGUUCUCGCCCAACGCUGCCUUCGGAAUCACCAGGCUCGUGUCUCUGUACGCCAUCCGUUGGAUUUGUGACCGCCUCUCCAAGCGCUACCCUACCAAAGCACGAUUCUUCUUCUUCAUGUCCGUCUUCCGGAACGCGUUCGUCAUCGUCGUUCUCACGAUCGGAUCCUGGCUGUUUACUCGCUACUGGAAGGGGUCUGACGGCGAGUACCCCAUUAAGAUCCUGCAGGACGUGCCGAGGGGCUUCAAGCACCUGGGCCAGCUGAUUAUCGACCCAGAGCUUGUGAAGGCGCUUGCCGGGGUGAACGGGUACAAGAUCGAUCCCAACCAGGAACUCAUCGUCAUCGGCGUGACCAACACCAUCGGCACGCUCUUCGGCGCGUGCCCUGCUACAGGCUCCUUCUCGCGCUCCGCCCUGCAGUCCAAGUCCGGCGUGCGCUCGCCCGCGUCCGGCCUCUUCAGCGCCGUCGUCGUAAUCGUCGCGCUCUACGGCCUCACCCCCGCGUUCUUCUGGAUCCCGUCCGCCGCACUCUCCGCGGUGUACUCCUUCUGGUGCGUGUCCCCCGUCGAGCUCGUCAUCUGUGUCGCGUCUGUACUCGUCACCGUGUUGGCGACGAUCGAGGACGGGAUCUACACGUCCGUCGCCGCGUCGCUCGCGCUGCUCCUCGUGCGCCUCGCGCGUCCGCGCGGGCACUUCUUCGGGCGCGUCACGCUGCACAACACGAACCAGUCCAGCUCGCGCGACGUGUACAUCCCGCUGAGCCCGAACAAGUUCUUGAUGAACGAACGUGUGAAGGUGUACUCGCCAUCGCCCGGCGUGGUCGUGCAUCGCUUCGAGGAGAGCUUCCUGUACCCGAACUCGUCGCUCGUGAACGACGCGAUCGUGGACUUCGCGAAAGCGCACACGCGCCGCGGGCGCGACAUGACUAGGGUCAAGUCUGGGGACCGCCCGUGGAACGACCCGGGCAAGAACAACGAGGUCGAGGACAACGCCGAGAAGCCGCUGCUGCGCGCCGUCGUGAUGGCCUUUCUCGACAGCUUGCGAGGUCCGUAUGUAAAUGUAGCAUAA